ACUGUUGUAGCAAGUCAACUGACAAAGGUUUUGGAAACACAGGUGAGAGGCCAAUCUUCUUGUCAUAUGCGAUUGCAUUUUUUCCGUCAUGUAAUAUACCGGGCUUGAUGUUUCUUGGUAGACAUUUGAAUAAAGUAGGGGGAUUUGAUCUAAAGGCACUUAGGGGGGAUGGUGAGCGGUAGAUGAGAGUUGACUGUAAGAACGAUAUCUCACUUAUUUGACGGGCCCUAUGCAUGCUCGUAAGUGACAGGUAACUAGGUAUCAUUAUCGAUGUCAUGAUCCUUUUUGACACAUUAUCGUCUAAAGGAAGGGUGACAAGUUGACUAUGCUUCUCAAAUUUGUAAAAAAUUGGUUUUGUAACAUACACUUGGCAGCUAAAAAACACAAGGUAUUAUGGGAGGAUAGUCGUCUGCCAUUUGAUCACGUCCCAUUUGUCGUGGUAAAUCACAAGGUAUAAGAUUGUCAACAUGGUGUAGAUAGACAUCUAAGCGAGAAAAGGAAAAACCAAGCGGCCGGUGACCACGCCUAUCGAACAAAUGGAGCUGGUAAGCUUUUACAAGAAUCAAGAAAACUCAACUGUCCCGCUCAAGCGCACAUGAGAGAAAUCAUCAAAUUUCCGGAGUACAAGAUCUCGCAAAAGACGGAGUGGCGCUGUAAGAGUCAUUCCAAAAAGCUACGCUACGUCAUAGAUGCUGGAACGGCAAAAACUGAAAGGUGGAUUAACAUCCAUUUUCGCUCAGUCGAUGAACACACCGUGCACCCAACUGGAGAAGCAGGAGGUCUGUUUCAGCGCAUAGAUGAGAGGCUCGUGGCAAAAAUACAAGAACUCGUAUGUGCAGGAGCAAGAUCAGAGAAAGAGAUACGCCGACAUUUAAAGAUCUUUGUGCAAAGAGAAUUAUAUCGAGGGAAAAAAGCGCCAUUAAAGACCAACAUACGCUUUUAUCCCUCCAAAGUUACGAUUAGAAGUCACAUGUACAAAUCCUUAGUCAAAGAAAGGUUCUCGAAAAUUGACCAGGAGGAUCUUCAGGAAAAGGUGAAGCUUUGGAGGGAGAUUUCUCCUGAGGAUUAUUUUGAGUUCCAGCCCUAUGUAACUUACAACGAAGAGGGAGAGGAACGAAAUGGGGAUGAUGAUGAUAGCAGUCGUAGCGAUGGUGAGGAGGAUGAUGAAGAUAUCAUAUUGAAGACGCCAACUAAAGGGUUCCUAUUUGCACACCAGAUGAAAGAUCAACGACGGCUUUUAGAACGCUAUGGAAAUGAAAUAAGUAUGCUAGACGCUACUUAUAAGACCACGAAGUACAGCCUCCCUAUUUUCUUUGUAGUUGUGAAGACCAACGUCGAUUAUCAAAUUGUAGGCUCUUUCGUCAUCCAAAGCGAAACGUCAGAUUCCAUUUAUGAAGCCCUCUCGAUAAUUAAGUCUUGGAACCCCACCUGGAACCCCUCAUAUUUUAUGUUGGAUUUCUCAGAAGAGAUGUCUGCAAUUGGCAAGUUAUUUCCAGAGAGUGCGAUCUACAUCUGUGACUUUCAUCGUGAGCAGGCAUGGGAAAGGUGGCUUUCAAAGUCCAGCAAUGGCCUAUUGAACGAAAAACAAAAAGUCCUUGCAAAGCUGCGAGCGAUAGCUAAGACCCGCACGGAAGAAGAGUAUCGGCAUAGAUUGAGCGAUCUCCAGGAUAGCGAAGAAUGGAGGACAAAUACCAACUUAAGUAACUAUACCACAAAGACAUGGCUGCCUCAACAUAAAAAAUGGGUAUGGGCGUUCAGAAAAGACCGCUUCCUAACAACUAUCAAAACCAACAAUGGCGUUGAGAGGCAGAAUAAGGCUUUCAAGUACGAUUACCUAGCAGGAAUCAAACAAAGAACCUUGAGUGGGAUGCUCUCAGUGCAAAUAGAUGAGUUCCUUCCUGACAAGUAUCUCAAGUAA